AACGCUCAAUAUAAACAGCAGCUGCCAGCCAGCUGAGUGUUAGUUAGCCAGGCCAAGAAGCAAAAAGUGCAUAGCAAAACAAAAAAAAAAACAAAUUGUUGAAAUAACAACAUUAAAUUUCAAAUCGAGACUGACAAUUUUCAACACCUGAUUGACUUGUGAUAUUAAUUAGUUAAUUAAAUAAUUCAAAAAAAAAAGUGUGAUAAAAUUAAAUUAAUUUCAAGAAUUAAUAAACGCAUACCAAAAUGCACGACUAUUGGCACAUACCACGCGCCUCGCUCUCCUCCUCCACAUCGUCGGCCAUAUCAUCGGCGAGCUCUUCAAAGUCUUCCAAUCGUAGUAACAAAUCGCAUUCAAAUCCGCCAACGCUCUCGCAACGUGGCGCCGGCGCCGGGGCAGAGAACAGAGAAGCGGCGCCUGGAACGAAUGCGGCAGUUACAGCUGCAGCUGCCGCUGCUGUGCUGGCGGCUGCUAAACGCGGUUCACGCUCCUCUCAGGGCUCCAGUGACAGCAACAACAGCACGCGGAGCGCCGCUUCCGGCUCACUGCUACUAACAGCAGCGAAUUUGGAACGCUUUGCCGAGAUACACAAGAAGCAGGAACGCCAGCACAAAAUGCUAAUGAACGAACUGCCGGACGUGCAUGGCAACAACUAUAACAGUAAUCUGACUCUUGCACACAACAACAACAGCAAUAGCAGUGGCAACAACAAGGACGCCGUCAUACCUAUCGACCCGAAUCUGAAUUUCAUCAAAACCAAAGACCUCGACACGGUGUCCAUUGCCAGCUCCAUGCAUUUCACAAUGGUCAAUGGAGAGGGGGGUGCCACAAAGAAGCCCAAACGUGGACUCUGCGAUCGUGGCCGGCAGGUGACGGUGCUGAUUGUUAGCAUGAGCACAAUUUUCUUGUUGCUCAUUAUGGGCAUGGUCUAUGCGCUAGAGAUGCGUGCGCGUGACAUGCCGAAAAGUUAACAGCGCUGCGAGUAGGCAGACAAAGAUGGGCAGUCCUUUAUGGGGCGUUGUCGUCGCAAUCGUUUAGCUUAAGCAUUUAUUUAUUUUGCAAAAUGUUUUUGUCAAUUAUUGUUAUGCAUCUGUAAUUGUCUUUGAGCUAGUUUUAAUUUAUUUAUUAAAUUUGUUUCAGUCAGUUUUCGUGAAAUUCGUGAAAAGCAAAAGCUACACAAUAGCAACAAUAGCAAAAAUAUAGGCGUGCACCUCGCCCUUGGCCGCUUGUAUUAAGCAAUUGCAAUACAUAUAUUUAUAUUUAUAAUUAGCUGUUUAUUACCAUUAAUUAUGUAUGACAGUCACGCACACGUUGUAAACCAUUUUACAUUUAACAAGAUAACUGAAGCAGAAAAACCAACAACAACAUCAUCAAUAUCAACAACAACAACAAAAUCUUGGCUACGACAUUAAGCAACGAGCACAUUUCUAGAUCACAACUUUGGCGGUUGCAAAUCUUCGCUUCAAACACAACAAUCUACUAUUUAAGAAAGAAAUCGAAAUACUAGCAAAUCCCGCAAAGAAAUACCCAUAAAUGUAUGCAUGUUUGUAGAUAGAUGUAGCUUGUAUAUCUUGCAUUAGUGGAGUAGCACAGUAAUUGUCUACAUUAUGUAUUU